AUUCCAAUACCAUCUUGCCAGCCGCUCCCAUCAAACACUCUGUUUUCACUCUGUUUCUCUCUACGUUUAUGCAUUCUCCUUCCUCCUUUUGCUUCCGAACUUGCUUCUCCACGAAGAAACGACAAAAGCAAACAGCUUCCCACUUUUCUCUCUGCUCUUUGUAAAGAAUCUCUCUUUUUCCCCCAUUGGAUCUUUCCACUCCGCAUCGCCUUCAAUCCUCUCCCUUUCUUUGGUUCGUUAUAUUUAUCUUUUUCCUCUCUUUCUGACCCCCUCGACCCAUAUUUGUCUGAGACUUGCUAUCUUAUUAGCAUAAACCUUCUGGGUGCGUUUUUCGUCUUGAAUUAAUGAUCGCCUCUUAACUCUCUCUUGGGUUUAUACCCUAGCAUCAAAAUUUUGGUAUAUCAUGAUUUUUCCGAGAUUCUCUUCGAUUCUAAAAGGUGGAACUUUUACAGAUUCUUUAGUUUGUGCCGUUAAGCAAAGCAGAUUCCUGAUUACACGUGAUAGAUUCUAAGUUCCUUGCCGUUUGAAUCAAAGCUCAAUACUUGUAUUUUUUUUCCUUUGGCGUGCCCUUUCAAGUUCCACUCAAUUAGGUGAAAAUCUUUGGAGCUACUGAAUUGAAGACAUGGAAACUCUGUACCCAUCUUCUUUUAUGCCAAAUUCAGACUGGCACGUUCAAGAUAGCCUGGGCAACACAGAAUGGACGAGAGAGGAGAACAAGAGGUUCGAGAGUGCCCUUGCCAUACACGAUAAGGACACCCCAGAUAGGUGGCUGAAGGUGGCAGCCAUGAUCCCGGGUAAAACUGUGUACGAUGUGAUCAAGCAGUACAGAGAACUGGAAGAAGACAUAGGCGAAAUCGAAGCGGGUCGGGUUCCAAUACCCGGGUAUCUACCGUCUCCUUUCACCUUUGAGUUGGUUGACCACCAGAAUUAUGAUGCAUACAGAAAGAGGCCCGUCGCCUUCAAGGCUUCUGAUCAUGAGAGAAAGAAAGGGGUGCCUUGGACUGAAGAAGAACACAGGCGUUUCCUGAUGGGGCUUCUGAAGUACGGGAAAGGAGAUUGGAGGAAUAUCUCAAGGAAUUUCGUGGUGACAAAGACACCAACCCAAGUGGCUAGUCAUGCCCAGAAAUACUACAUAAGACAGAAGCUUUCUUCUGGAGGGAACAACAAAAGAAGACCAAGCAUACACGACAUAACCAUUGUUAAUCUCACAGAAUCUACCACCCCACAAGACAACAAGCCUGUUCAAUUCAAUGACCAGUCUCCUAUGUUCUCACCACAUCAGAAGCCAAAUAAUGAUGAGGUUUUCAACCCUAAUUGCGACGGUUUCUUGCAUUCAUCUUCAUCUGAUAUUGACUGUGUCCUUCAUGAGGCUUUUGGUUAUGCCAACCUCAAAAGCCAGGGUUUUAGGGCAAAUUCUGGGGACUUCGGUAACCCAGCUGUGUUAGGCAUCCAUGCAUUGUAAUGCCAGUUCUCAUGAUGUUCAAAGACAGCCGUCAGUUUCUACUGCAUAGAUCAUUGCCCUGUAUGAUGCAUCUUAGUUUAUGAACAUCACAAGCAAAUUCCAAUAAUGUGUCAGUGGCUCAACUGUACAUUUUCAAUGGGCUUUCUUGUGAAGGUUUCCUCUUCACCUCCUAUCAAAUAAAAAUUCAGUGAGACCCAUCAUCUAAAA